AUGAUUCUCAAUUUCCCUGUUACAGGAAAUAUGGACGAUUGGGAUAACAGAACCACAGUGACCGAGUUUGUUCUCCUGGGCCUCUCCAGACAACCCCAUGUGCGUGUUGCCUUGUUCGUCUUUUUCGUAGUCACGUAUGCAGCCACCGUAGCUGGGAAUGGUCUCAUCGUGGUGCUGACGGUGGUGGAUUCGCACCUCCACACACCCAUGUAUUUCUUCCUCAGCAACCUCGCUUUCAUUGACAUCUGCUAUAUCACUGUCGCCGUCCCACAGAUGCUGGCUCAUUGUAUCAAAGACAAGCCCAUCAUCCCUCUGGGCAGCUGUUUCGCACAAAUGACCAUCGGUACUUCUUUGGCUCAGAGUGAGUGCUUCAUGCUAGCUGUCAUGGCUUACGACCGCUUUGUGGCAAUAUGCAGCCCUCUACGCUAUACCUUGAUUAUGAAUAGAAAGGUGUGUGUUGGAGUGGCCGUCAGCCUGUGGUGCAGCUCUUUUGUCUUGACCGCCGUCGUUCUUUUCAGCCAGCCAGUUCACUUUUGUUACCGCAAUGUGGUGAAUCAUUUUAUAUGUGAGGUCCAGGCAGUGUUGAAAUUGGCCUGCUCUGACACUCACCUCAAUGGGCUUAGCUGGCAGAUAACGUGUGUCUUCACUCUUCUGUUCCCCUUUACCUUUAUCCUGGUGACAUAUGGGCGCAUUGGUCUGGCUGUCUUGCGCAUCCGCUCAGCCCGGGGAAAAGCUUUAUCCACCUGUGGCUCUCAUCUGGCUGUGGUGGGCAUUUUUUAUGGAACCACCUUGUCUGCAUACCUGAAGCCUCAAACCAAGACGUUCACAGAUAGGGACAAAAUGGUGGCUGUUUUUUAUGCGAUUGUGACCCCAAUGCUCAACCCCCUGAUCUAUAGCUUGAGAAACAGGGUUGUGAAGAGAGCCUUUUGGAGACUGAUUGGGAGGAAAGCAGAGGAAUGA